UUCCUGACAGUCUUUAUCAAUUAAUUUGUUGUUUAUUAUAAAAUCAAAUCGUGGAAAAAUAAAUCUUUAGAGCCUUGGGGUGCAAGGCCUUUGAACAAAUAAAAGUAUAUAAUAUAUACAAUACAACUUCCCAAUAUAUAAUAUAUACAAUACAACUUCCCACCACCUCCCCCCCACAAAAAAAGAAAGAAAAGAAAGUUAACUUGACCAACCACCCAAAUAAUUCAGCAAGGCGGCAUUAUUGAAUGUCCAAGAAAUUCAGCAUUGAGCACUAUAUAAGAACUCACUUCCAGAAAAGAAACACUCACUUAUGGCAAUGACGUGACAGGGGGCCUCUCUUCCGUUUCUCCAACCCUGAUGGCUCCGGUUUCCAUUAGUUAUCGAAGACCAAAGGUCAUCGUGGAGGCUUGCAAAAUACUAAAAGGUGCUUAUCAGAAAGGACAGCAAUACAAUGUUGUAUGCUUUUCGAUCUUCUGAUGUUCUGGAGUAUAAAAGGUUUGAACAUCUCAAAGCAAAGAUCUAUUUUCUCACAAGAGUGGAAUGGCAUAAAACAGAGGGAGGACGAUGAGGAUGGCCUUGUAUGUUCGCUCGUCGUGCGUAAUGGCACCAUUGCCUUGCCGACAAUUCCUUCAUUAUCUGAGUCCUCUUUCUGCUCCAGUUUUCACGUUUGCAGAUCGCUCCAGCGAAGAGUCGCUCGUUCAACUAACUGGUUCUGUCGAUCCUGCCGACAACCUCCGCUGGAGUAUUCAGUUUAUAAAGCAGUGAAAAUGGAGACGUAUUCUCAAGGGAAAAUGGAGGAAUUGAAGGCAAAGAUCGAUGGGUAUCCCGAGCAAUAAUGUAUAAGAGAUUCCAUGAAUCUAGCACUAUAUGGUGUUCAAUAUUUUCCCUCAUUGAACACUUCGGAUGAGUGGCGUUGGUAAUCUUGGCUGAUAAUAUUAGAUUACCUCAAAAUCAUAUUAGUAUAUUUAAAGUUGUACCCCACCCUAUUAAAUAGGGGUAAAAGAGUAAAUGCCUUAAAAAAUUAGCAUAUUAUAUAUUGAAUUCGAAUAAUAUUAAUUAUUAUUGUUAUAUAUAUAUAUAGUUGUAUCCUCCGGUUAGAAAAAUAAUUUUAUAAAUAGUAGGGUUAAUUUCACUGUACAACACGAUAUUUUGAAAAUUUUCACUACAUAGCACAUAUCGUCAUGAUCUCACCAAAUCGUAUGAUAUUUUGAAAUUUUUCACACCAUAGCAUGAAAUGCAAUAAUUCCAUUGUAAGGCACAAAAUAUCAAAAAAAAAAUUCAUGGCAUAACACUAUAUUAGUUUUCCGUCAAUAACCUAAUGGAGAUUUGUUGUGGCCGUGUAUGACUGGGAUGAACAAGGGUAGGCCAACGACGUCGACCACGUCAGAUCUCCGUUAGGUCAUUGACAGAAAGCUAACGGCGUGCUAUGCUAUGAAAUUGUUUUGAAAUUUUCUAUCAUAUAGCAAAAUUAUUGCAUUUCGUGCUAUACCGUGAAAAAAUUUCAAAAUAUCAUGCGAUUUGGUGAAAUUAUGACGAUACGUGCUAUGUGGUGAAAAUUAUCAGAACUUUUUGAUGAGUCCAACUCAAAACGGAAAAAUUUUGAAGCUCGUGAAGAUCAGGUUUCAUAACUUCAAUAGCGAAUGUUUAAACUGGCUCAAGAGUUUUGUCGACACUGGAUUAUGUGUGUGACAGGAUCAGAGUUAGAAACAGCUCUUUCAGGUAAUCCCUUUAAGUAUUUAUAUCAUGUUACAAUUUUAGAAUAUCUUUCAAUCCUGUUUUGUUUUGACCCGCUGGGUAAGACUUUGGAAUAACUUGGAUAUUUUGACCUUAAAGAGGCACCCUUCAGUGAACCUAAAUAUCAGCAGCUUUUUAUCAAGCAUGGAAGGUAAGUGAAAGUAGUUUAUAGUCACUUGCAGAGGAUUUCAGAACUAACUGUUUGUACUUCUAUUUUUAGUAUAUUUUUCAAAGCAACAAUCAAAGUUACAAGAAAAAAAAAUACUGAUGACUGGAAAGAACUUCAAAUUAUAAGAUUAUGUAGCUGAGGAUUUCUACUUUUAACACAAUGGAAUUCAAGAACUAUCUCUGUGCAAAUUGUUGACCCUUUUUUCCGGUGUAAGAAAAUGAUAUAGAGAGUUUAUAAAAGAGGAUAUUAUGUUAGUAAGAUGAUAGACUGUAAUUUUACAUUCCUUUUGGGUUCUGUGCUAUUUAUUAGCUCUAGCUUUUUGCGGUCAUUAAUGCAAGAUGACGUUAUUACCGGGAACCCCAGCCCUAGAUCUGGGAAAUCUACCUUGAUUUUAGCUUUUGAAGGGAGACUUGUUCUAAAAUUAGGUAUGAACUUGAUAAGAUGAUAUUCUCUAAAUAUCAUUUCAAAGUUUAAUCACAUUUUAUUCCACCAUUGCACUCGAAGUGACAAUUUUUUAUUGAACUUGCUCGAUUUAAUUAACUGAUGACAGGGCAGCAUGCCAUAAGGAAGCAGCAUGCCAUAAGUGGCUUGCACUGGUUUAUUAGGUUCAUUCAAAGCUCAGUUUCCUGUUCAUCCUCAAAAUGGAAUAUUAUUAUCUAUAUUUGUGUAAUAUGAGUUCAAAUUAUUGUCAGUUUUCC